AUCUCAACGGCGUUCCAUGGAAAACCUGCCCAAAAAUAAAAAAAAGCUAACGUCCGUUUCUCCUACAUUUCCGUUUCAAAAUUCCACAAAAUAAAGCCGCACCGUAGGGUGGUUUACCAGAUCUCUACGCAUCUUUCUUUCUUCCCCCAUCAGCCUUUUCAUCUUUGAUUGAAAAAGAUGGGGCUGUCAUUCACCAAGCUCUUCAGUCGUCUUUUUGCUAAGAAAGAAAUGCGCAUUCUCAUGGUCGGUCUUGAUGCGGCUGGUAAAACCACAAUCCUGUACAAGCUCAAAUUGGGUGAAAUUGUCACCACUAUUCCCACGAUUGGGUUCAAUGUGGAAACUGUUGAGUACAAGAACAUCAGCUUUACUGUAUGGGAUGUGGGAGGUCAGGACAAGAUUCGACCUUUGUGGAGGCACUACUUCCAAAACACUCAGGGUCUUAUCUUUGUGGUUGACAGCAAUGAUCGAGAUCGUGUUGUUGAAGCAAGGGAUGAGCUUCAUAGGAUGUUGAAUGAGGAUGAAUUAAGAGAUGCUGUGCUGCUUGUGUUUGCUAACAAACAAGAUCUUCCAAAUGCAAUGAAUGCUGCUGAAAUCACAGACAAGCUUGGCCUUCAUUCUCUUCGACAGCGUCACUGGUAUAUUCAAAGCACAUGUGCAACAUCAGGGGAAGGACUAUAUGAGGGAUUAGACUGGCUUUCAAACAACAUAGCAAACAAGGUUUCAUGACUCACUAUUUAGUAAAUCUGCUUUGCUAACCAUUGCACAUUGGUGUUUUUUUAUUAAAAAAAAAACUUGAAAUCAAUUUCAUCAAUGCUUAGACAUGGAAAGUAUUGAAAUUGAUUACAGCUUCCCAUUUAGGCAAUGGUAAGCAAAAGUACAAUGUGUGUGUGUGUGUGAUUGUACUUUUACAGCGCUGCUCAAAGAGAUAAUUGACAUGUUACUAUAUCAAAUGCAGGGUUAGUGCAACAUGGAAGAGCUUUGGUUGCUUCGGUAUGAUUGCAUCAUUUUAAUCUUUGAGCAUCGGUGUGGAACACCUUUAUCUCUUUCAGUUGUAGGGUUUGGUGUUUUUGUUUUUGUGUUGAGAUAUUGCGGCGAGAGUUCAGUUUCUCGCCUUCAUAAAUAACCCUUUACUUGCUUUUUUUUUACGGUAUUUUGUAUGAAAUAACACCCCGUUGCAGUCCAUUAAAAUUGGUUUUGUGAA